AUGGUGGAUAUGGAAGUAUUUUCAUUAGAUCUUAUUAGAUACGUGUUUCCGUUGGCAAUGACAGUGAUGGACGAAGGUGGUGAUUAUCACCGCUCGUCGGAGCUCAUAAAUCUGGAGGAGAAAACGGUAGAUCUACCUGAAGCUAAAAAUUGUAGAUCCGAAGUUGAGAUUAUAGAUCUGGGACCCUUCGGAGCUUGUGGAUCUGAUGGUGGUGGUUCGUCGGUGGUUGGAGGUGACGACGGUACGCCGAUGGUAAGAGGCAGCAAUAACAGGGGGUGGUGGCUGGUGGCAACUGGUGACAAUGUUUAUGUGUUCUUCAAGUUUGAGAUGAGAGAGAAGAUAGAGUUUAUGUGGUGUAUAAAUCUGAUAUAA